AUGAGAGAAACAAAUGGAUCACUCGCCAUUCGUCCAUCCACUUCAACGCCACAAAAUUUCGAUGAUGAAAAAGUGACAAGCUCGAUUCCAUUCCAAUGGUCGAUUUUCUUGAUGAUCACUGUGGUCGGCAUUUUGCUUAAUUUAAGUGUUUUCUGGCGGAGACGAUUCUCGACAAAGAAACGCCAAUCGACAACUACCCAAAUCUCUCUUCAAUUAUUGUGCACAAUGGCUGCUGCAGACACUCUCUGUUUAGCCGCACUCUUUUUCCUUUUAACUCUCCGAUUUUGGGGAAUCGAAAACACAACGUUUUUUGAGAUGGCGUGCAAGUUGGAUGUGUUCAUCAUCCACGCCGCUUCAUCAUUCUCCAUUUGGUGUUGGCUAGUUCUAUCAGCUGUUCGUUAUGUGGCCAUCUAUCGGCCGUACACUCAUCUCAAAAUGCACAAAGAACCCCAUUUAGCUGUGAUUGGGAUCGCCGUUUUCUGUUGCAUCUCGGAGUCGUGGCUUCUUUAUGACAUCACGUAUAUUCCCGAGACACGAGGCUGCGAUUCACGAUCCGACGAGGUGACUGGUCAGAAAUUGCAAAUGAUGGAGAUGGUGAUGUCAUACUUUUUGCCGCUUGUCAUCAUCACGAUUCUCGAUUUGAAAGUUUUAUUCUGUCGAACGGUUUGGUUCACCGGUUUCGGCACGACAACAAAGCAAUUCGCUCCAAUCCCAUCGAAUGGAGAUCUCGUCGAACAAGAAGCCAAAGUCAAGCGACGAGCUCAACAGCUAAAAAUUCUUCGACGCUGUCUAGCGAUCACGAUUUUCGAUUUGGGAAUGAAUCUGCCGAGUUACGUCUAUCGACUAUAUCUUUGUAUGUUGUCCGAAGAGGAGAUGAUGAAACUCGACGUGGUCACCCAGGAAAGAUUCGAGUUUUUCACGCAAAUCAUGUACUUUGCUCAGUUCUCCCUAAACGCUCUCUACCUUGUCUACAUGAUCUACGAUACGCCAAAAAGAAAAGGAAAAAUCCCUGUUUCUAGGAAAAUCGAUUGUUUGGAAUGUUUGAAACAAAUCGAUGAGCUUCGCGAAAGUUUGGGCGGUGAUUUGACAAUCCUCACGUUAAUCGAUUUGGAGCGUUUUCUACUUAAAAAGUGCAUGGGGCCAAGACAAAUUCCGAGGCCUGAUAUUUUGAGGAAAUCUUGUCAACGACGUCUCAACAACCAGAAAAUCCUGUUAGAGGAAUUUGUCGCGAAAGCAAAAGCCGGAAAAUCUGUUGAUUUUUUGUGCCAUAACGUUUUCCACUGUGUUGAUUAU